UGAUGAAUUCAGUGCUUGAGGCUGAAAGGGAAUACGCGUUUGUUUUCUCACGGUGUUUAUUUCCAGCGCCUUUUAUAUGUUGAUGUUUGACCUCGUUUAUUAAUCGCCCGACUACACUGAAGACUAAAGGGGAUAUAGCCAUUUUAAAGAGCUCGAAGAGGAGUUAUUGUGCGACCCUUCGCUGUGUGAAUCAGCUGCAGGAGCCGAGAUGUGACAUUUCCCACACGCGUAUUCAAACAUCUCUCAUAGCGGACGCUUUUAUCGAGGAAGGGUCCAUAGAUCAUCAUUUUCAAGGUAACUGUUCUGCCGCUGAAUAUAUCUUAUACUAAGAUGCCAUUUUCCCCUGUGCUGUUCCUGCUGCUCACCGGGCUGGAUGUGAGUUGGUCUCAGGACGAGAAGCCGACGGUCCCGUUUGGCUGUGGGUUUGGUCUCCAGCGCCCCUACACUCUCCUGUGUGACCUGGAUGCCGUGUGGGGCGUAGUGGUGGAGGUGGUGGCGGCGGCCGGUGUGUUCGCUGCUGUUUUACUGCUGCUGGUGUUACUGUGUCGCCUGCACUCAGUGACCGAGGCCCCGAAGCGGAGUGGCAUUGGCCCUGUUCUCCUCCUGCUGAUCGGCAUCAUCGGGCUGUUUGGGCUUAGCUUCGCGUACCUUAUUGAGCACAACGAGAGCAUUUGUUUGGUGCGCCGUGCCCUCUGGGGGGUGUUCUUCUCUCUGUGCUUUGCUUGCAUGUUGGCACAGGGCGUCAGGCUGCGCAGGCUAGCUCGCGAGUCUCGUAGCCCAGGCGGCUGUGCCCUCGUCGGACUAGCAUUAGGGUUGGCGGCGGUGCAGGGUAUUAUUGCUGCAGAGUGGCUCCUGCUAACCGUGAUUCGGGAGGGUAACCCGGCUUGCCAGUAUCAGCCUCUGGACUUUGCGCUUGCGUGUGCAUAUGUGCUAGCGCUCCUGCUAGCAGCCCUGUUAACCACAACAUUAGCGCUGUGUGGGAAGGCACGACCGUGGCACUGUAAUGUUGUGUGGCUUCUGGUCUCCUGCUUGCUGUCCAUUCUCUUGUGGGUGGCUUGGGUUGGUUUCUACGUGUAUGGAAACACAGUGCUUGGGAAGUCUCCAGACUGGGAUGAUCCGGCGUUAGCUGUAGCGCUGGUAGCUCAGGGUUGGCUGUUGUUGCUGUGUCACGCUGCUCCUGAAGCCCAUGCAUGUCUUCGAGGACCAGCUCAGCCUUCUGCUCCAGACUAUUUCGACACGUCCCAGAAUUCCUCACGCAUGAGAGAGGCCAGCCUUGAUGAGGACAUCCCACUUUCACACAGGCAGUUUGUGGAGAACCAGGGAUAUGCGUUUGAUGAAAAUACUGCAGGUUUGAGGAGUGGCAGUCAUCAUAAUGGCAACACAGGGGCCAGACCCAGUGCGCCUUUCAGAAGUAACGUCUACCAACCGACUGAGAUGACCAUGAUACUGAACGGAGGAGCAGUUCCAUCCGCCCCUCCCACAUACACAGGAAGACAGCUUUGGUAAAGGAGGAGACUGGGAAAAGGGUGAAUGGAAAAGUGGUGCAAGCUCCUGAACUGUAAGAAAAAUCUCUGAAGUGAAUACAGACUACAGUUAGGGACAACGUCAAUAAUCGCGGAUGUUAAAACAGGACAACUCUUUGCAUUAUCAAUAGUUGUGGUUAUUUUGAGUUGGUGUACUGGGAAAAAUAUUCAUGCAGUUUCUCUAUUAAAAGCAUUAACAGCUUUUAAUUCCAACAGUAUUUUAAAAGCAGCAUUAUCUCAAAUGAUUAUGUAUUUUGCUUUGGCUUCAGAUUCACCCUGAAGUUAUAUCAGGCUCUGUAUGUUACAGGUCUGUCUCUACUGCAGUAAAAGUUGGACAUCUUAUUCUAUGAUAA